CGUCAAAAAAAUAAAAACAAACAUCAGAAAAUUUAGUUAAAAACUAUAUUUCCAUUGCUUUUAGAAAUCAUUGACUAAAAAUGUCUACAGAAGUGAAUUUAAAACAAGGUUUACGAAAACUGGAAUAUCCUAUCUGUGCGAAGGAAGCUUUGUAUAAAAUAUACGACCUAAUAUGCAGCCGAAUAACAAGUAUCAAAAAUAUGGAUUUAGCCCUGGAUCUUAUGGCAGAAUUUGUAUUUUACGAAGUCGACAGACGCGGUCACAAACGGGCCCAAUCGCUUUCACCACUUCAAGAACUUCAGUUAGUGAAAAUACUGUAUGAGUAUUUCGAUACUCUUACUAGUGAAUCUGGUAGAAAUACAGUAUUCCUAUCGUUAUUUAGUGGCACUACGAUCAAUUCAAGAUUGGGCGUUCUUACAAAAUUCAUAUCAAUGGGUAUAGGUAUUCCAUCUACCAAGAUUUUAUCAUCUGCUAGUGCCUGGAUGCAACAAUUGGGAAAUACGUCACCUAACAGCUGUAAAUUUGCAGAAGGCCUAAUUCAAGAUUAUUUCCAUUUUUACGUAUCAAGCACGGAGAAGAUAACUGCCUUGCCAGAAAUUUCAUUGGAGUUCACCGCUAAUUUUUUGACCGCGAUAGCUGAAAAUUACUACAAUACCUCAAAUAAAAAAACGACAACUUUACCACCGUCAAAAUUCAUAUUUCCCCCACAAAAAUUAUUAGAAACUGUCACAUUAUGGAUAUCCCAAAACACUAGUUUAUGCAUAGCUGCCCAGCAGAAACAAGCCGUCUUGCCUCCUGGAGCUAUAGCAAUGGAGGCCACAACACCAAUCGCAGGUUUACUGAAAUGGUGUAUUUUAGCUCCUAUUUAUAGACAAGACAGCAAAGAGUACACCGAUCUCCACUUAGCAUUAUUAAAUAGUAUUAUGGAAAUUCCGAAAUCGACGCCUCCGAAAGCCGUGUGUGCUCAACACCUAACGUCCUCUAUAAAUCCAAUUUUGACGUUCGUAAACGACUUGAAGAAUAAACAAGAGAAGAAAUUCAGCGAAAUUAUAAACGAAGACGCAUUGCAACUUUCCCUUGAUAGAUUUGCUCAAGCAAUUCAAGUUAUCGCCUCUGUUAAUGCUAUGUAUGGGCACACAGACGAUCUAUAUCAUCAAAUAAAAAUAUUACCAUUCAAUAAACUGAUGAAUAUUAUACAAAAUAAUUAUAAGAAUAAAGUUGUAGUUUUGUAAUAA